AUGUCCACCUUCGAAUACCAGCAGACCCUCAAGAAGCUCCCUAUCCCGCCGCUCGAACAGACCGUCCAGAAAUACCUCGACGUGCUGCGGCCCCUCCAGACAGAGCACGAGCACGCGCAGACGGUCGCGAGCUGCCGCCGGUUCCUGGCCACGUCGGGCCCCGUGCUCCAGAACCAGCUGCUCGAGUACGCCAAGACCAGAGACUCGUACAUCGAGCAGUUCUGGUACGACUCGUACCUGAACUACGACUCGCCCGUCGUGCUGAACCUGAACCCGUUCAUCAUGCUGGAGGACGACCCGACGCCGCUGCGGUCGACGCAGCUGUCGCGCGCCGCGAGCCUCGCCACCUCGAGCCUGCGGUUUGUGCGGGCUCUGCGCCGCAACGAGCUCAGCGUCGAUCGACUCAAGAACGGCGUCGUUCUCGACAUGGACCAGUACCCCAAGCUGUUUGGCUCCAGCAGAGUGCCCACGCACACGGGCUGCGUGCUGCAGACCGACGCGCAGUCGCGGCACAUCGUCGUGCUCAGCCGCUCGCAGUUUUACUGGUUCGACGUGAUGGACGGCAACAACGACCUGAUUCUCACCGAGGCCGACAUCAAGCUCAAUCUGCAGAGCAUCGUCGAGGACUCCGAGACGACGAGCGUCCGCGACGUGGCCAAGUCGUCGUUCGGCGUGCUCACGACAGAAAACCGCCGCAUCUGGGCCGGCCUGCGCGAGAAAAUCGUCCGCGACCCGGACAACGCAGAAAUCGUGCGCGUGCUCGACUCGGCGCUGUUUGUCGUCGUUCUGGACCACGUCGAGGUCGGCAACGACCUCACGCGCAUGGCCAAGAACUUCCUGUGCGGCGAGUCGCGGCUCGAGAACGGCGUCCAGGUCGGAACGUGCACCAACAGAUGGUACGACAAGCUGCAACUCAUCGUCACCAAGGACGCCAAGGUCGGCAUCAACUUCGAGCACACCGGCGUCGACGGCCACACCGUGCUGCGCUUCGCGUCCGACAUCUACACGGACUCAAUUCUGCGCUUCGCUCGCACCAUCAACGCCAGCUCGCCCUCGCUCUGGAAAUCGUACUCGCCAGACCCUGCCACCAGAGACCCGUCCACGUUCGGCCCCGUGGUGACAUCGCCGCGCAAGCUCGAGUGGAAGCUGACGACAGAGCUGUCGCUGGCGCUGCGGUUCGGCGAAACAAGACUCAGCGACCUCAUCAACCAGAACGAGUUUGCUACGCUCGAGUUCAAGUCGUACGGAAUGGAGCGUAUCAAGAAAAUGGGCAUGUCGCCCGACGCGUACGUCCAGAUGGCGUUCCAGCUCGCGUACUACGCGCUCUACGGCAAGAUCGAGUCCACGUACGAGCCGGCCAUGACUAAACAGUUUCUGCACGGCCGCACAGAGGCCAUCCGCACGGUGUCGCUGCAGUCGAACGAGUUUGUGACCAAGUUCCUCGACGACAACGUGUCGGUGCGCGACAAGGUGCAGCUGCUCAAGGACGCGUGCAACGCGCACUCCGCCAGAACCAAGCAGUGCUCGCAGGGGCUCGGCCAGGACAGACAUCUGUAUGCUCUCUUCUGCAUUUGGAAAAGAUACUACAGCGACGAGAGCCUGGGCGAGUCGUCGGACUCGGACGACGAAAACACGCUCAGCGACACGCGCGACCCGCUCAAGGACGUGUCGCUGCGCGAGAUCCCGUCCAUCUUUGCGGACGCCGGCUGGGACAAGCUCAACAACACCAUCAUCUCGACGUCGAACUGCGGCAACCCGUCUUUGAAGCUGUUUGGCUUCGGCCCGGUGUCACCAAACGGGUUCGGCCUCGGCUAUAUCAUCAAAGACAACUCCAUCACCAUCUGUGCGUCCUCCAAACACCGCCAGACACAGCGGUUCCUGGACACUCUGAACAGCUCGUUCCUGGAGAUGGAGCACACGUACGUCGAGUCGCUGAAACCGGACGACGAGACCUCGUUCGGCACCGAGAUCUCCAACAAGCUGAACGACCUACGUGUGGGACGCGGCCGCAAGGCGAGACCGGCCAUCAUCCGUCUUCUGGGUGGCUACGACUCGUUUGAGGUGGACUCGAACUCGGACCUCAUCAAGUCGCGCGAGCAGUCUCCGGAGCCGCCUUUCGCACGCCAGAAGGUGUUCACCAACAGAGACAUCGGUAAGAAGCUGCGGCUUGCUGAGUACUGA